AUGAUUGCCAAGGACUUAUCGGCGGAAAACAAAGAGGCCUUACUGAUCGGAUCCUUAUGCGCCCUUGGCGGUACAAUUGGUUAUGCCAAGACUGGCUCCAUCCCUUCCAUUACUGCUGGAGUGACCGUCGGUGCCUUAUACGUGUGUGCGGGAUUGCGCAUUCGCGCGGAGCAAUCCCACGGGAAUGAGAUUGCGGUGUUGGCUAGUCUUGCGCUUGCCGGGAGUAGUGCGCCCAGGGCUUUGCGAAGUGGGAAGGGGUUGCCGAUUGGGUUGAGCUUAUUGGCGGCGUACGGGUUGGUGUAUUAUGGGAUUAAGGUGAAGCAGCAGCAUCGUCGUUGAUAUUAUCUUUUCUGGGGUUUUGCCGGUUAUCGUGGGGUGGGGUGGGAAAUUGCGAUGGCACUGAGACUGCGUAUUUAAACUGAGAAUCAAAUGGUUUGCACAAGAG